GAUCAAACAUUAUGAAAGACAUCUCCAAGAAAACCUAGCUUUGAAGAGAACCUCAACCCACACAUAUUUAUGUUGUGUCUAUAUCAAUACAAUACAAUAUCCCCUCUAUAUAUAUAUAUAUAUAUAUAUAUUAUAUUUAUGAAUACAAUACAGUAUCCCCUCUAUAUAUAUUAUAUUUAAUUAUAUGAUAGACCAAAAGUUUUUUCUUUCUGGCUUCAACCCUCGUCCCUUUAAAGAGAUUGGGGAUCGAUCGGUCAAGAGCACGCAUAUGGAUUCCUACCAAGACCUCGAUUUCUCGAAUCCCGACGCCACGGCCUUGAAUAUUGCCGCUUCCGCGGCUACUGGGAGCAGCUCGGCCGCCGCCUCCAUGCCGUCGGCCACCUCGCCGACAAGCCUGAGCCGAUAUGAGAACCAGAAGCGGAGGGACUGGAACACGUUCGGGCAGUACCUGCAGAACCAUCGGCCCCCGCUGGCUCUGUCCCGUUGCAGCGGGGCUCAUGUGCUCGAGUUCCUCCGGUACCUCGACCAGUUUGGGAAGACCAAGGUCCACACCCAGCUCUGCCCCUUCUUCGGGCACCCAAACCCGCCUGCCCCAUGCCCAUGCCCUCUCCGCCAGGCCUGGGGCAGCCUUGACGCCCUUGUGGGCAGGCUUCGGGCAGCCUUCGAAGAGAAUGGUGGCAACCCUGAGGCGAACCCAUUCGGCGCAAGAGCCGUGAGGCUCUACUUGAGGGAAGUCCGGGACUCCCAGGCGAAGGCAAGGGGAGUGAGUUACGAGAAGAAGAAAAGGAAGCGGCCACCUCCCCAGGCCCCAGGAUUGCCCCCUCCACCCGAUGGAAAUCCACCAUGAGAGGCACCACCAUCAAAUAAUAGUUGCAGCCUCCUCGAUCAGAAUAACGAUCGCAAGCAAAUAUGUAAGGCUUAGCGCCCCAAACGCAGAUAUUCUCUUAUCUUGGGUUUGAUAUGUUUGAUGAUAUGAGCAAUUGUCUAGCUUUAAUUACCUCUUGAAAGCUCACUCUAAUUAGGGUAAUAUCAUUUGCUUAUAUAUGAAAUUGCUUAUUCUAUAUAAAACUCUUGUAAUCUCUCAUUUGCUUUUGUUUGAAUUUGCUUAGUUAUUA